GUGCAGCACAUCAAGAACCACCAUGUCCCGCAAAAUGAAGCGUACCGUUGUCAAGUCUCAGCAUGACUUGGAGAUUCGCCGAGCCAAGGACGUCAAGGACAAGCUGGCCAAGAAGCGCGAGAACCGAAAAGCGACGCAAGCCAAGACAGGCGUGAAGAAGCUCUCGUCCAAGGUCCUGCGUCGCAUUCAAGCGCGCAAAGAACGCGACGGCGACGACGACGGCAACAAGAGCGACAAGGACCAAGGCGAGGAAACCAUCAUGGAAACUGAAUAAACAACCCGUCGCGGCCGUGAAUAUUAAUAUUUUUACCGUGGAAAAAAACAAUACUAUUUGCUUCAAUAAUAAUAUCCUUUGUCGUGUCAAGA